AUAGUUCAUUUCUGAGUUACCAAAGCGAAGUCACUUGUGGUUGAACUACAGCCGGUUAAAAUGCCUUUAGAAUUAUAUUUGGACCUUUUGUCGCAGCCAUGUCGUUCAGUGUAUAUAUUUGCCAAGAAAAACAACAUCCCGUUUGAUUUCAAGAAGAUCUCGCUCAUGGAGGGAGGUCAGUAUGGAGAAGACUUUGGAAAAGUCAAUAUGAUGAGGAAAGUACCUGCAAUGCGAGAUGGAGAAUUUUGCUUGGCUGAAAGCAUUGCCAUGAUGAUGUACAUGGUGGAGAAGUUCAAAACUCCAGACUACUGGUAUCCGGCUGAUUUGCACAAACGAGCACGGGUGAACGAGUACUUGUCAUGGCAGCACAUGUCAAUACGAAUGCAUGCCUCCAAAAUGUUCUGGGUUAAAGUGAUGAUCCCUAAGAUCAUGGGGAGGGAGGUGCCUCAGGAGAAGAGGGACGCUGCCAUAGAGGACCUCGAUGACUCCCUCAAGAUGCUCGAGGAGAAGUUCCUACAGGAUGGGCCGUUCAUCGCAGGGGACCACUUCUCUCUGGCUGAUCUGGUGGCUAUAGUGGAAGUCUACCAGCCUGUAGGUGCUGGCGUGGAUGUGUUUGAGGGAAGGCCCAAGCUCAGUGCCUGGAGGGACCGAGUACGGCAGGAGAUUGGGCCCGAGCUGUUUGACGAGGCCCAUCAGGGAAUCAUGGGCGCCAUCGAGAUGGUCAAGUCCCUGGACAGCAGCAAGAUGCAGGCGUUCAAGCCCAGGAUUCAAAAGAUGUUUUUCUAAAACUGACUAAUUUGUAAUCAUACUGAAGCACUUAUUUUAAUUGUUUGUGUUGGGUAUCAUUGUUAUAUCUUUUGCAUGUUUAUGAUUAAUACAUUAUCAUAAUAGUCCAAUUUUAAUUUGAUUUAUGUUGCCUACUUAUUAGACUAGGAGAAAACAUGUUUAUCUGAGUUAUUCAUUAUGACUUAUAGCCUGCUUGCUGAUGUAAUUGUUCUGAAAUCUGUUUACAAAGAGCAACAUUAAACCAGUUUUGAUUAUGAA